CGAACCAUGCAGUCUCCUGGAAAAUCUCUGAAGGAAGCUCUGCUCUGCGCUCAGAGUGAAGACCGACUUACUGUUGGAGUCUACGAGAGCGCUAAAAUUAUGACUGAUGACCCGGACAGUGUGUCCUUCUGCGUCCUGGCCAUGGAUGAGGAGUUUGAGUGUGACAUCGCUCUCCAGAUCCACUUCACCCUCAUCCAGUCCUUCUGCUUCGACAACGACAUCAGCAUCGUCAGAGUGAGCGACAUGCAGCGUCUGGCUGAGAUUGUUGGUGACAAAGCGGAGCAGCUUGAAGAUGCCCACUGCGUCCUCAUCACGAAUCCAGCUGACGGGUCUUGGGAGGACCCUGCUCUGGAGAAGCUGCACCUGUUCUGUGAGGAGAGCCGCCGCCUGAACGACUGGGUUCCUGAGAUCAGCCUCCCCGAGCGUUGAUCCGGGAAGUCGGCUCCCCUCUUGCUCAGAUGCUGUUGAAGCUUCUUAUCUGGAAAUACUCAUCCUACUGAACAGGAUGACCCUGUUUCUGCUCAUCCCUGGAUACUCCUGAGGAGGAUUCCCGUCCAGGCAGCACGGCGCCGGCCCGAGGAGGGCCCCCGUGAACCGUCGCCUCUUGUCCCGUCCAUGCCAAGAUGACUCUCAUUCUUUAUGUGAACGAGGUCAGGUAUGCCACAAGAGCGACCCAUCGACCCUCAUUCUUUGUGCGGAUGAGGUUUGGAGAGAAAGGAGAAGCGAGUUCUGCGUCCUGUGGUCCCACAGAGCAAAUGUCGCACGUUGAAGCACGCGCAGCAGGAGAAGAAGCGGUGCUGAGAAAGAGGCCUUCUUAAAAAGGGACUUUUUAAAGAUGUGUCCUCUUCGCUGAGCAACAUGACAACAGUUGCAAACAGCUGAAAUGUUUCCCACUUUCCAGAAUU